GCCCCACUUAUUUACAGGGAGAGAGGUAGGUACUGCAAACUACCAGCUAAUUACUCACAGAGGGAGGGGAAGUCAAUGAGUAGGACCUUGCCUGCAUCAGGGAGUCACCUUAAUCCUUGUAUCUGAAUGUAUAAAGGCACCUCCUCACCUACCUGCUGUAUUUGCUUUGGGUGAACAGCCACAUAUCUUCUCGUAUUCCUCUGUCUCCCUCAGCUCAUCUCCAUUCUGCCGGGGGAUAUUGAGCCACUGCACUAUGGCAGGGUCCGAAUCAGCCAUGUCCAACCUCUUCACAUCCAUCCAAGGGACCAUUGAUAUCUUUACCAGCUACAGUGUUCGGAGCUCUCCUUGCAACGCGCUGAGCCCUGAGGAGUUCAAGAGUCUGAUCCAGAAAGAGUUUUUGGAUAUUAUUAAGGAUUCCAAUGUCUAUAAAACUAUUGAGAUAUUUAUACAGUCCUUAUAUACAAAAAUCCCAAAGCAAGUGGAUUUUAAAGAGUUUGCGGACAUUCUCAAAAGCCUGUCAGUAGCCUAUUAUGAUGCUCUAAACAUAAGGAAAGACCAGUCUAUAUGUGAACAUCAAAAAGAACAAUCACUACAGGAUUUGGCAGAAACACCUGAAAAAGGAACAAUACAGAAACAACACCAAACCGCAAAGACAGAGCCCAAUCAGAAAGCGGACAAAUACACAAAACAAGAUGACACUCAGAAAUCUGAUCAAACAACAAAUCAAGAUCCCACUCUAACCACAAAACAAGAGCUUCCCACAAAGAAGCCACAUAAAGCUGACCCUCACCAAGAUAAAACAGGGAAAACAGAUCACCAUCAUAAACAUGAUAUAAAAAAAAAAAAAGAGGAUCCUUCAAAGAAAGAUGAUACACAGAAAACAGAGCCUAAACAAAGUACUCAAGUUAAAGAUACAGGUCCAACCACAAAACAAGAUGACACUCAGAAAAACGAUCAAACAACAAAACAACACGCCACUCAGAAACGGGGUCCAACCACAAAACAAGACGACACUAAGAAACAGGAUCAAACCACAAAACAAGACGCCACUCAGAAACAGGGUCCAGCCACAAAACAAGAUGACACUCAGAAACAAGAUCAAACACCAAAACCAGAUGACACUCAGAAACCGGGGCCAACCACAAAACAAGAUGGCACUCAGAAACAGGAUCAUACCACAAAACUAGAUGGCACUCAGAAACAGGGUCCAACCACAAAACAAGAUGACACUCAGAAACAAGAUCAAACACCAAAACCAGAUGCCACUCAGAAACAGGAUGCCAAUCAGAACCAGGAUCAAACAACAAAACAAGAUGAUUCUCAGAAACAAGAUCAAACAACAAAACAAGAUGCCACUCAGAAACAGGGUCCAACCACAAACCAAGAUGCCACUCAGAACCAGGAUCAAAGCACAAAAAAAGAUUCCACUCAGAAACAAGAUCAAACCACAAAACAAGAUCCCACUCAGAAACAGGAUCAAACAACGAAACAAGAUCAAACAACAAAACAAGAUGCCACUCAGAAACAGGGUCCAACCACAAACCAAGAUGCCACUCAGAACCAGGAUCAAAGCACAAAAAAAGAUUCCACUCAGAAACAAGAUCAAACCACAAAACAAGUACCCACUCAGAAAAAGGAUGGAAGCACACAGCCAAUAGCUCCACCAGUGAAAGAGGAGCAUAACGAUGACAAAAAAACAAUUAAGGAAUCCAGAAAAAAAGAUGAUCCAAUAAAGAAAAGAGACCCCAGAGCAGCUCCACCAGAGGAGCAUCAUAAGGAGCCUAAACAAGAUCUCAGUAAGAAACAGGACCACACUACAAAACAAGAUCCCACCCAGGAACAGGAUCAAAGCAGAAAACAUGAUUCCUCUAAGAAAGAGGAGUCCGCAAAACAGGAUCACAUUGUGAUAUCAGAUAAAAAGAACAAAGAGGAUCCCACUAAGAAAAAUGAUCAAAAACAGAAAACAGAGGUGACACAGAAACCAGCUUCAAUAGCAAAAGCGGAUCAUCCUCAUAAAGAUGAUCAUAUAAAGAAACAUGAUUCCACAACUAAGGAACCCACAGCCCAACAAGGUGGAACGGAACAAAAAGAAACAGAAGAACCAUCUUCACCAUCACAGUGCUCAUCUUCAUUGGUUGGGAAACUACAGCACAGUGCUUUUUCUGAAGGAGAACAUUCCGAUGACCCAAAUUCAAGUGAUCCACAAAAGUACUAUACAUACUUCGAAACAACAUUUACUCAGUACCAUGGGCAACAAGUAACCCACAGAGAAGACAACACAGUGAAAACGGAGCAACACACCAAAAUUCAUAUUUCCCAUCACAAGAAAGGAGGUUCACCUCUACACAGUACCUGGGAUUCCCACAUCCAAUUGGCUGUAGAGGAUGAUCCUUCUGAAGAUGAAGAUGAUCAGCAGGAGGAGGAUGAGGCGACAGGAUUUAGCUACUUUCCAACCGCAACUAUGGAAUCAUCUUUGUGGCCACCACAGGUGAAGAGAUCUGAUGACAAACAGGUUUUAGGAAGUUGCUUGUUGCCUCAAGAAGUGUCACAGAAUCAACUGCCACCUGCAAGGCCCUCAAGCCCAUUUUAUGAAUAUUCACGGCAGCAAAUGUUUCAGACUUCCGGAUACAGUUAUUUUGAGUCCUCCCAAGGAACUACUGAGCAGCAAACCUCUGAUGCCCCGAAUACCUCAUCUGGAGCUCAAGGAGAGUCCCCAACAGAAGACAAGCAAGAGAAGCCAAAGCUAUCCUUCAAGUUCAAGUGGCCCUGGCACUAA